UGAUCAGUGGCUGUCAGAAGCCAUCCGCUAGUGUUGUGUAGAAAGCGGUAAGGCUAAAACUGAAGGAAAAAAUGAAGCAGCUUAUAGAAAAUCCCAACGAUCAGUUUUCAACCGAGGAUUAUUCGGUGCUGGUGAUGAUGCUUAGUUUAUCGGCGGGUAUAGGCAUCUAUUUUGGAUUUUUCCAAGGAAAAAAUCAGACUACAGAGGAUUACCUCCUGGGUAGUCGCCAGAUGAAACCGUUUCCGAUCGCUGUUUCUCUAAUUGCUAGUCAAAUGUCUGCCGUUUCCAUUAUGUCCGUCCCAGCGGAAAUGUAUUCGUACGGCGCGCAGUAUUGGAUCAUUGCGCCAACCAUGCUAUGCAUUGUGCUGAUUAUCAACUAUGUGUUCCUACCGGUGUUUUACAACAACCAAAUAGUCAACUGCUACCAGUAUCUGGAAAAUCGUUUCAGUCCAUCGGUGAAAAAGUUCAUCACUGCCACGUACGUUCUGAACAUCUACCUGCUCCUGCCGGUUUUCAUCUUCACUCCCUCGUUGGCACUUGCCCAGGUGACAGGAGCGAACGUCCAUAUGAUUAAUGGAAUUAUGUGCUGUGUGUGCUUCUUUUACACCAUGCUUGGAGGCAUUAAAGCCGUCGUGUGGACUGAGGUGUUACAAGCGCAUGUCAUGUUUGUCUCGUGCUUCCUGGUAGCGGCGAUCGGCGUUUUCAAAGUCGGUGGCUUCGAUGAGGUAUUCUCAAGGGCAGUCUCCGGCAAUCGACUUGAGUUAUUCGACAUGACACUCGACGUCACGGCUAGACAGACGUUCUGGACUGCCAGCGUGGGGAAUAUUUUUCUGUGGACCGGUUAUCUGGGAUUGAAUCAGAGUUGCGUCCAGCGAAUGGUAGCGGUACCCAGCAUCAAGUACGCCCGAGCUGCUUUGUGGAUUUUCUGCGCCGGAUUUAUGGUUAUCACCAGUUUGAACUGCUUCACAGGGCUGGUUAUUUUCGCGAAAUACUUUGAUUGUGACCCAAUUAAAGUGAAGCUGGUGGAGAAAGCCGAUAAGCUGCUGCCUUUCUUUGUUCAGGACGUAUUAGGUAGUCUGAAAGGAAUGCCCGGAAUUUUUAUUGCUUGCGUUUUCAGUGCUGGAUUGAGUACGAUGUCUGCCAAUCUGAAUUCUCUCGCCGCAAUUGUGUACGACGACUAUAUAAGACCGUUUAAGCUGUACGCACAUUCGGAUGCUUCCGCAAAUUUAUCCAUGAAACUGUUAAUCCUGUUGAGUGGAUUGUACUCCAUAGCGAUGGGUUUGGUGGUCGAGCAAUUUGGUCAGAUUCUGCAGAUGGUCAUUACCAUAGCAAGCGUUACGCAAGGAGCCGUGUUGGGUACAUUUUGUCUGGGUAUGCUCUGGCCUUGGGCAAACAAGCACGGAGCCUUGUGGGGAUCUGCGGUUAGCAUGAUUGGUGUGGCGUGGAUCAUUGCUGGCGGAGCCAUCACAAAUGGGGCCCUCAAUUAUCCUCCGAAACCAACUAACGUGGACGGUUGCGCUGAUUAUGGAUAUAACGUUACACAAACGUCUGUUCCGCAAAUGUUUCAGGAAGCCAGUCCAGGAUUUUCCAUUUAUAAUAUUUCAUUCGUAUGGUACUCAACGGUAGGAGCACUGUUGGUGUUUCUGGUUGGUAUUCCUGUUAGCUAUUUUACUGGAUCGCAGAGUUUGAGUCAAAUGAAUGCCAAAUUGUUGGCACCGAUGGCACAAUGGAUGCUAGCGUCUAAAAAGACCACCGUAGAAGCAGUGGUUCCUGCAGAUGAUGAGAAAGCUAACAUGUUGCGAGAAGCGUUACUGGAUGCACUGCAGAGCGUACGAUAG